AUGGAUUCAGACUCAGCUAAAGAAACAAGAAUUGUCCUCCUGGGAAAAACUGGAGCUGGUAAAAGUGCAACAGGAAACACCAUCCUGGGAAGGAAGGUUUUUACUGUCGUCUCAUCUCCUUCGUCUGGGACUAAGGAAUGUCAACCAGGAACUUGUCACCUGAAUGACAGAACAGUGACCGUCAUCGAUACUCCGGGGAUGUUCGACACAAAGCUCUCUGAGAAAGACUUAAAAAGAGAAAUAGAGAAAUGUAUCAUGAUGUCUCUUCCUGGACCACAUAUAUUCCUGCUUGUCAUCAGUCUUGCUGGACGCUUUACAGAAGAGGAGAAGAAUGCCAUAGAGUGGAUCACGAAAAACUUUGGUGAGGAAGUCUCAAAGUACACAGUUGUUGUUUUCACCAGAGGUGGUGAGCUUGAGGGCACCAUUGAGAGCUAUUUGAACGAUAGUGAGGAUUUGAAGAAGCUCAUUAGUGACUGUAAAGAUAGAUAUGUUGUGUUUGAGAAUAAGAACAUUGGAAAUCAAACUCAGGUGAAUGAGCUAUUUGAGAUUAUAGACAAGGUGGUAGAAUUAAAUGGAGGUCAUUAUACCAGCAAGAUUUACGAAAACGCCCAGAAUAAUCUAUGGUGGGCUCAGGUUGGACAACGUGUGGAUAAUGCAGGAAAUUCUUUAAUGUUAGCAGCAGCAGUAGCAACUGUCCCUACAGUUGGUGGUGCAAUGAUCGCAGGGGAAGCUGUAGCUUUGUCAGAGGAAGCUGAAGCUUUGUCAGCCACACAAAUGGCAGCACUAGGAGGUGCAGCAGUUAUGAAAGGUAUCGGAUGGUUAAUCACACCUAAAAAAGACAACAGCUAAAGAACUUCGGAUAAUUACUUAUCUGUAGCCGUACAUACUGCUUUUACACUUGCUAUUGUUUAAUUUAAUAUAUUGUAUUUUAUCUUACAUAUAUCUAAUGGAACGUGCACAGUUAAAAAGAG